AUGGCGUCGAGUGAGGCGACCAGCCAGAUAAGUAACAAACAGAGUGAAGCGACCAACCAGAUAAGUAACAAACAGAGUGAGGCGACCAACCAGAAAAGUAACAAACAGAGUGAGGCGACCAACCAGAAAAGUAGCAAACAGAGUGAGGCGACCAACCAGAAAAAAAGCGACAAACAGAGUGAGGCAACCAACCAGAAAAGCGACAAACAGAGUGAGGCGCCCAACCAGAAAAGCGACAAACAGAGUGAGGCGACCAACAAGAAAAGCAACAAACCGAGUGAGGCGACCAACCAGAAAAGCGACAAACACAGUGAGGCGACCAACCAGAAAAGUAACAAACAGAGUUGGGCGACCAACCAGAAAAGCGACAAACAGAGCGAGGCGACCAACCAGAAAAGCAACAAACCGAGUGAGGCGACCAACCAGAAAAGCGACAAACAAAGUGAGGCGACCAACCAGAAAAGCAACAAAUCGAGUGAGGCGACCAACCAGAAAAGCGACAAACAUAGUGAGGCGACCAACCAGAAAAGUAACAAACAGAGUAAGAAAAGCGACAAAAAGAGUGAGGCGACCAACCAGAAAAGCAACAAACCGAGUGAGGCGACCGACCAGAAAAGCGACAAACAGAGUGAGGCGACCAACAAGAAAAGCAACAAACCGAGUGAGGCGACCAACCAGAAAAGCGACAAACAGAGUGAGGCGACCAACCAGAAAAGCGACAAACAUAGUGAGGCGACCAACCAGAAAAGUAACAAACAGAGUAAGGCAACCAACCAGAAAAGUAACAAAUAG